UUUGGCACUUCCCACCUAGCCACUCUUUUCUUCGUUUCCCUCGUUACUUCUUCUCUUGCCAUGGACUACGACAGAAAAUCGACUGUAUCUUCAUUCUACGGAGGACGCAGAGGCUCGUUCGAUGCACUGAACCAUUCACAAUCUCCCGAUUAUACUCCCUCUGGUCGUCCACGAGACGAUGCUUCUUCCUUCUAUGCUGAUCAACAACAACGGACAAGCCAUGAUGUGUUAACAGGAGGACAAUCCGCAGGGUACAACGCAUCGUCUUUUUUUGCCGCCGGGCGCCUAGAACCGCUAAAAGGCGGACGUGAUGAGGAAGAAGAGGCUCCGGAAGCUCAAACAUGGGAUGUUUAUGCAGACUUUAACAACGCCGGCCCAAGAUACAGUACUGCUUUUGGCAUUGGGCAACACCAAGAAGCAGGCUAUCAUCAGCUUCCCCCACCUCCGCCUCCGCCUGGUGCCAAGACAGAUGGUGAUGCUGACAGUGCUCAAACUCCAGUAGAGCUAGUUACAGUGCCUGCACUCGGUCCGGAAUGGCAACUAUCCGAAAUGAAACACAUGACUAAGUCGGGUCGACGAGAGAUGCAAAGUGAGAAGCGGCAGGAGAAGUGGAAAGCUUGGCAUCGCGGGGAGACGGGUUUGUGUGGAAAGUGGUUCACCAAAAGGUUCCUUGCCUUCUUCGCAUUUGGGGUGGCCGCUAUCAUUGGCACUAUCCUCGCAAUCACGAUCCCUCGAGUACCCGGUCUCUCAUUCAACAGCUCCACACCUCUGGUUGCCGCCACUGGGAGCUACAAUGCUUCAAUCCCAACCGAAUUCUCCCGGUCCCCAGCCAAUUUCUCAUUUCCGGCGUACGCAGAUAUUCAAGUUGAUACCACCUCCAAUAUUAUUCCCCUUACCUUCAACCACAUCUCUGCACAAGUGUGGGAUUCGGCCUCCAAUCUACAAGUCGGCACGGGUUACUUUGGAUCAGACACCCUCCCCGCCGGGUCAUUACCGAUAAUCCAGGUCCCACUUAACUUCUCGUAUGUUGCAUCAAAUGACUCAGAUCCGACGUGGAAUGAGUGGUAUAAUGCCUGCAAGAAUACUGGGCUUUAUGCUAAUGGGUCAAGGCCAGGUGUAAAUUUCAGGCUCAUUCUUACGAUGGAUAUUUCCGGGCUCCCGACAACUCAGUCUCAGUCCACACAGGUGGAUGCGGCCCCUUGCCCUAUCGAGCUGUCCAUCACUGCAGCAUGAUGGCUUAUUACUGGAUUUAUUCGCGCGUCGCCUCUUGUCUACUAUGUUUCUGGGACGUUGCACUAUCUCCGCCAUUACAUAGUCUUGGAUAUCGGACAAUAUGACCAUCCAUCGUUAUUUCACAGCCUGCGUAUUCACCUUACCACAGUCUGUCUUUAUUUCGUCUUUUCAUUUUAGUAUCUGCGGCGUUACUCACACCAUCACGAUGUGCAAACAGACUAGUAUUGGAUUAUAAUAUGCUGGCAUCGAUCAAUGAUUCGGGUCCUGUUUACUGAUUCUCACUUCGAUUUCCGUGGUGGGCUUCAAGUUACCCACUUAUAACACGAGCAGGUCGUGGAGAUACAAAGCUUGGACAGCACAAUGG